AUGUCGACCACAGCUUUCCGGCGAAGAAUUCCGGCCAUUUCCAGGACAACCGACAACCACAUACGCCAUAAUCUCUCUCAAUCUCCGCAUCGGAGAACUCCCUCCACGAAUCGCGCUCCUUCCAAGCCCUCCAACUUCAACAGAUGUUCCUCGGAACCCAACCUUUGGACCACUGCCAUCACCAGCGCCGCCGCUGAUCGGACUUUUUCGUCGGAGAAGGAAGGGGAAGAGGUUGUUAUUUUCCGUCCUCAUACGUUUUCGGAAGCCUUUGGUUCAUCUCCUCUGUUGACUCCUUCAACCGAUCAGCUACUCGAGGGUUACAAGAAAGAUGCUAAAGUAGUGAUCAAUGUGACGGUUGAAGGGAGCCCAGGACCAGUACGAGCCAUGGUUAAACUAGGAUCUAAUGUUGACGACACAAUUAAGUUAGUCGUUGCUAAGUAUGUUGAAGAAGGAAGAACUCCAAAGCUUGAACCAAUUACAUCACCAUCCUCCUUUGAAUUGCAUCACUCUUAUUUUAGUCUCCAGAGUCUUGAUCGGAAAGAUAUAAUUGGGGAACUUGGUAGCAGAAGUUUCUAUCUUCGAAAGACCCAUGGAGGAGAAUCAUCGACUGCUUCAACACGAGAAAUUAUCAAAGAAACGAUGGAUGUUGCCUUACCGAUUCCUCCUAGUUUCUUGCUUUCUAGCUUCGUUGCUAGAAAAAUGAGCAAAAUUAUAAGAAGAACAAAAAAGCUCUGCAAUUUUAUUGUCUGCUUGAAGUAAGAUCAUAUCUAACAAAAUAUUAGAAUUCAGAAGAGUAACACAACGUAUUACUUACCUUACUCUUUAACCUUAUUUUUCCAUUUUCAUUUUCUUUGUGUUUUUGGUAUUUUUGUCAUCUCAUUACAUUUAUAGGAGGACGUUGAUCAAGCUUACGAGUUGAAAGAAACACCAUUUGAGUUAGCCUUUAAAUUGUAUAUAGAAUAUAUUCUUAUUUGCCUUUGUUGCCUAUGGACCAUUGGACAUUGUAUGGUUACAAGAUCAUCGUAAUGAUAAAUAGAGAGAAUUUAACGUCGAAACUUUUAUUCA